CUGAAACCACAAUAUCCGAGUUUACAUGAAGGCGUCACGUGGCUCAGCCAGUCGGAGCCACAGGAAACAAGAAAAGCGUCCAUGGAGAUGAUGUUUACAUCGUAACUGUUCGUCCAGUAUUGCUUUCUGAUAAUACCACGGCUUUCACGAAGAGCUGGAAAUUUUCGGAACUGUUGAAAGUCCUGAUGAAGUAGCGGUUCAGUAACCAUGACAGCGGCUGCUCUCAUAGGAGACCAGCUGAUCCUUGAGGAGGAGUACGAUGAGAGCUACAUCCCCUCUGAACAAGAGUUCCAUGAGUACGCGAGAGAGAUUGGCAUUGAUCCCGACAAUGAGCCUGAACUUCUGUGGCUGGCCAGAGAGGGCAUAGUUGCCCCUCUGCCUCCUGAGUGGAAACCAUGCCAGGACGUGACGGGGGACAUCUACUACUUCAACUUCUCUACGGGUCAGUCCACCUGGGACCACCCCUGUGAUGAGCACUACCGGCGCCUGGUGGUGCAGGAGCGCAAGCGCACCCCGCUCACAGGCGCUGCUGGGGGCGGAGGAGCUAAGAAGGACAAGAAGAAGAAGAAGGAGAAGAAGGAAAAAAAAGAAAAGAAGAAGAAAGUGCCACUGAAGACUCCAGCAGCAGUGAGUUCACCUGUAGGGCUAUUACCGUCCCCGCUGCGUACUCUGGCUCCUCUUAGAGGUUUAGACAUCUUGGGGCAAGGCCCUCUUUCUGGGUCUGUCACAUCUGCCAGGGGGUCCCUCGGCAGCUCAGGGGGGCUGGAACCUCUCAAGACGUCCCUUCCAGGUCCUCGAAGCAGUGGGGCAGCGAGUGUUUUAGGCUCCAGGAAGGAGGAGAGGGUUUCACUGAGUUUGCACGGUUUACAUUAUGAUGAUGAUGAUGAUGAUGAUGAGAAAAUUUCUGAUAAUGAGCUGAGUCCCCGUGGAUCAGACAGACUGCUGAAGAACCUUCAUUUAGACCUGGAUGCUCUUGGAGGAGGGCUGCAGUACGAGGAGAGCGAGACCAGCGGUGCGACUCCAGCUGAGGAGAGGACGGAGCCGGAGCUGCAGGAUUUGGCUCUGUCUGGAGACCACAGCCCCGAACCACCGUCCCAUCAGGACUCUUUAAAGGGCCGCCACAUCCAGCUCUCUGCCAAGGCGGGCAGCAGGAGCCGAGCCAGUGAAGAGGGAGCUGAACACUUAGCUGAGGGGUCAGAACAGGAGGUGGAGGAAGGGGAAGAUGUCCAGAAAGUGGAUGGAGAUGAUGGAAAAGAAGGAAUAGUGAAGAAGGCAGAGGAAGACAAGGCAAGGAAUGAGAAUAACGAGAGAACAAAGAGAGAGAAGCAGGAUAAUCUAAGCCAAGAAAAGGAAAGGGAAGAAGUAGAAGAGCUUCAUAGUGGAAGUAAAGAGAGAGAACGCGAGGAGUUGGAGGAGGGAGUCUGUGUGGGCAAAGAUGAAGCAAAGCAAGUUUCAGAGAGCACGGGCCGCAGCAGUGGACAGGAUGAAAAGAAGAGUAAUGAGGCAAUAGAAGGAGAUGUUGAGACCCAGAAUGGCGAAGGCAAGAACAGAGAGGAGAAAACUGAAAGCAAUAAGAGUGAGAAGAAUGUAGAGGAGGAAAAUAGAGGAGAGAAAGAAGCAGAACAGCCUGAAAUUGCGGAUGAAAUUGUUGAAGAAUGCUUCGGUGCUUUGGAUGGGAAUGGUAGUGGGAGCGAGAAGCUGAGGAAAUCAGAUGGAAAUAGAGGUGAGAUUGAGAGAAACAUUGAUGAUGAUGAUGAUGAUGAUGAUGAUGAUGAUGAUGAUGAUGAAUCCCAGAGUGAGUGUGAGAAGGAAGAAGAAGAGAAGAAUCACAAAAGAGGGCAGGAAGGGGAUGAAGACGAGGAGGAGGAUGAGGGUGAGAGUGACGGAGCUCUGGGGGGUUGCUCCAUAAGCCACAGAAAACUGACAGAGACCCCGGAGGAGGAGUUAGAAAUGUUUGUACAGAGCGAAGGAGAGGGAACCUCGAAGGAAGGAGUGGAGAUAGAAGACGAGUCAGAGGGCCGAGCUCCAGCAAGAGCGUCUGAAAGUGAGGAAGAAGUGGUUGAGGUGUUUAGAGCAGGCCCGUCUCCAGCCCAGCCGGCCGGGCGAGGACAGAAGACUCCCUCCUCCCUUCCUGCAGAGGAGUCUGAGGCCAAUAAGAACAUGGCAGAGGUUUUUUCUUCCUUGGACCUGAAGCUGUCACAGAAGGUUCUAGACGUCAAAGAUUUGUCUGGCACAAUCGGUCUGCUGGAGAAAGAUGAGAGGGAGGAAACGGGAGAUGUAGAGGGGAAAGAGAGCGGAGGAAAGACAAAGACUGAGGCCACCAAGAGUCCGGCGCUGUCUGAAGACAAAGUUGAGCCAACGGCUCAUAAAGUUGAUCGGCUUGUCCUUCACCAGUCCAGCCAUUCGCUAUCCGGCUCCUCCGACCUUGAACUAAAAUCCCCCAAACAUCCCAAAACACAAACCCUCGCUGUGACUCUGGGGCUGCAGAGACCCGAAACCUCUAGAGGUCGGCCUGGCAGGACGGUAGAUGCCCCGGUUGAAAAUACGGAACCGUCCUCAAAAAGACAGGAAAGUUCUCUGGAAGAAGAGCCAAACUGGAAAGCACGGACGGAGAGAGGAAGAGAGGAAGAGGGGGAGAAGAUGAAGACAGAGAGAGAGGAGAGGAGUAUGAGGCUGAAGAGGGAGGAGAUGGAGAGGGAACAGGAGAGGCUGAGAAGAGAGUUUGAACAAGGGCUGGAGGAGGAGAGGGAACGUUUGUUGAAGGAAAAGGAGGCAAGGAUGCGUCUCCUUCAGGAGGAACUGAGGAGGGAGGAGGAGAAGGAGGAAGGAAAACUGAGAGAGGAAAGCGAGAAUAAACUGAGGGAGCUGCGGGAGAAUCUUCUGUCUGAGAGGAGAAAAGAGGAGGACAAGCUGAAGGAGGAGGCUGAUAAAACUCUGGAGGAGCUACGAGAGUCUGUCAGGGAGGAGAGGGAGUGGCAGCAGCAGAAACUCAGGGAAGAGAGUGAGGCGAUGUUAAAGGAGACGCACGUCGCCCUGGAGGAGGAGCGAGCGGCGACACGCUGGAGGCUGGAGGCGCAGAAGAAGCAGGACGUGGAGCGACUCAAGGCGGAGUCAGAGGAGAAGCUGGAGGCCAUGAAGAAGAGGCUGGAGCGGGAGAGAGAGGAGAAAAUGAAUACACUGAAAGAGGAGGUCAACAGUUCCGAGAGAAGGAGGGAGCUGAUAGUAAGUCCCCGACCUGAACAACAGCUGGCAGAGUACCACAGAGAGCUGAGCGAUGUGCUGCAGGAAGUGCGGGACGAGGUGCAGCGCGAACAUGAGAGGAAGCUGGAGCAGCUGAAGGACGACCACCGGAGAGAGAUGAACGGCAUCAGAGAGAAAUAUCUGGAUGAGGAGACCGCUCAGAGGGAGCGCUUGUUGCAUACGCUACAGGAGGACAGGGCGCGCCUCCAGGCGUCACAUGACCUCCAGCUGGACAGACUCCGCCUGCAGCUCGAUGGACAGAUACAGAAGACGCAGCUGGCUCAUUCCCGCAAGGAAUCAGAGCUGAGGGAUCUAGCUGAUAAAUUGGAGCUGAGAGAGAAAGAGCUGCAGAGCCUGGAAGUCUUGCUGCAGACUAAGGCUGCAGAUCUUAAUCAGAGGAGGAAGAAACUCGGCGAAGACGAGGAAGACUUAGACAGGCAGUUAGAGGCUUUCCCUCGGCUGGUCCGGGAAAGAGACCAGCUGAGUGAGGAGCUGCAGAGGCUGAGGGAGGAGGUGGCACAAGCCCGAGAGCUCUCACACAGAGCCAGGGAGGAGAGGGAUGAGGCCAAGGACCAGAGGGACAGGAUGAGAGAAGAGCGGGACAAAGCCAGGGAGGAGAACAGGGUGGCCCGGGAGGACAGGGAGCAGCUGGAGCGCAAGGUGGUGCUGCUGCAGGAGAGAUGUGACCGCCUCACCUGCAGAGUCAGAGAGCUGGAACAAACUCAAGAUAGAAGCACUUUGCCCCAAUCAGAGCAGAACAAGAAGAAAGAAGAGAAAGCAACAGCGCCCUCUGAUGACAGGAUAGACUCAUCGCUCCAGGUGGAGGAGUUGGACUCGCCUCUCUCCCCCGUAGCCGACAGCCAGUGCAGCAUCAACGAGCUGCGUCAGUACGUCUCCUCACACGGCGCCUCCAUCCAGAAGACCAAGCAGUUCCUGGAGCGGGAGAGCAGCCGACUGAUGGAGAGGCAGGCAGCUCUGCGGGCAGCCCAGACGAGCAGCAGCCAGGACCCCGGCUUUAGAGAACCCAUUGAGGAGAGGAUGAGGCGCAUCCAGCAGGAGGCCAGAGACGUGGCGGAGCUUCAGCAGACGGUUCAGAGAGGAAACUCCCUCCUGCGGAAGAAAGAGGAGCAGCUGCAGCAGCUGCAGCAGCUGGAGAGCUCCAUGGUUGAUGAGGCCAUGUUUGAGGAUUCGUCUCAGCUUCCUGACAAGAAGGUGAUGUUUGACGUGACCGGGUCAGACAUCAGCAGCGCCGUGGAGCCACAGGAUGGGACAGGAGAUCAACUCACUGUGCCAGCCAAAGUCCAGGAGUUAGCCGAGUCGCUGCAGCACAUCUCAACCCAGCUGGACAGCGUUCUGACCGCUCUGGGCUCGUUGACCCAGAGGGAGAGCAGCCCACUCUACCCCUCCUUCUCCAUGCCGCUGCCUCAGCGGUUUGGGACAGAGGCGUGGGGGCCCGCUCCCGCCUCAGCUCCGGUCUUCCCACAGGGGCCCGGCCUGGCCCCCAGCUCUCUAGCGCCGCCUCUAUCCGAGAGGCUGUGGAGCGGCUCUGCAGCGCCCCCUCUGUUCAGCACCCCCAUCAGCAGUGGGCUGAUUGCCCCAGGAGACUUCAUGAACAGCAGGUGGAGCCAGAUAUUCCCUGGAGCAGCUGCUGACCCGGUCCCCUCCAGCACUGUGAAAACCGUCCCGUCUUAUCCAUCAUACACUCCCGUCAGUCAGCACAGCCGCAGCCAUCAGGUGAUGCAGAAAUCAGUGGAGCUGGAUGGUCAGAGGCUGCAGGGGCUGAUUGACAGUAACAAGAAGUGGCUGAACAUGCGGAGGAAAGACCCCAGCAUACCUCUGUUCACUCGCUAUCGAGCUGCUUCCUCUAACAGACUGGUCCAGCUGGGCCUGGACGACAACAACCAGAUCAGAGUCUAUCACUACUGAAGUGGUAACCAGCAGUUCUCUGGACUUUGGGUCAUUAAUGACAUUGUGACAGGUCAGCAAGUGAUGUUUACAAGGACUUUUAAGCUUUCAGCAUAAAGAUCUUCAGGGAUGCAACUCCUUCUCCGGAUGGUGAAAACUCAGGCCGGUUUACUAAGUCAGGUCCAGACAUGAUUUCUUCUAAAACCAUGUGCAGGUUACACCUGUCUUUAUACCACUGGUUUUUGUAAAGCACUUAUAUAAAAAUUUGAAGCUACAUUUACUAUCGCUCUUCAGUGUUUCCAGACCAGUAACUGCUGCAAACCCAUAUUUUGUGCACGUCUUGUUUUGUAUUGCAUUUUUUAAUAAUGUAAUUUUUAUACAUUUUCUGUUUGCCCACGCCUAUAAAAAUGAUUCAUACUCCUUGAA